CCGGCUGCACUCGUCCUCCUUCGUCCGAUCAAUGAAGCCCAAACCCUGUCGGAGUGUAAUCUUCCUCUGGCGUGACCUGAGAUCCUCUAUAUAGGGUUUGUUAUGUGUAGCCCGAUAUGGAUGUAGCGCUCAGCGGCUGCACUUGAACACUGAAAGGAUCGAAUGAACAACGAUUAUUAGUCGGUAAGUACAUGGAUUGAGGCCAUGUCUACCGUGGUACGUUGAUAGCGGGUGAGAGGGUGAGGAUAUGAUGACGGAGCAGUGUGGCCGGGCACGAUCGCAAUACCGCCGUGCGGUUGCACAGCGUACAGGUGCCGCGCGCCGCGCAGCAUCAUGACUCAUCAUCAAACAGGGCCACCUGGUCAAGUGGCCGCGAGGCGCGCGCUACCUUACCGCUUACGGUAACAGUUACGGGGUGAUACAAAUAUUUAUCAUAAGAGGUGUUCUCAUGACCCCAACUGGCUCCCCUUCUUCGACAACUCAAUUCUCCUCAUGCAUUGCGUAUGGAGCAUUUGGGAUAUCGUCGAAGAAAUUGCAUCGUACCUUGAUGGUCUUUCCACCCUUCGCUUAGGCUCCACCUGUCGCACCUUAUGCUCGUUGUGCAUGGAUGCGAAGUGGGGGGGCCCGCUGCCGUUAAAACCAUUUAUGCAACUUCUUCCACAAGAUCUCGUAGAACUGCGGGCCCUCCCGAAGGAGGUGGGUUCUUGGAAAGGAUCCUAGCAUCCACAAGUUGAUUUGGCAUCAGAUGCCUCUCAGAUCUCCUAUAGCGGAUGACUUCAGAGACUUUUCGCGCAGAGCCCGUAGGUUAAGACAUCUGCGGUAUUCCGAUGCAUACGACCGCAAGGACCUUAUGGCGCU